UAAAAAUAUAAAAAAAUACAUAAAUAAAGAAACAAAUAAAAAAAAAAAAUAAAAAAAAACAGAAAAUAUAUAAAUAAACAUACACACGGACUAAAAUAAAUCUCAGCAUGUGUUUGUAUAUGAAUAUACCCCUUUGGAUAAAUGUGGAACGUUUAACGACAGCAAUCUCAACAACUGCAUCCCAGCUGUUUGAUGUUUCUCUAGUCAUAUUUUUAUUAAAUUGUAAAUCGUCAACAGCGGUAACAGCAGCAGCAGAUAUAUCAUCAACAACAACAGCAAGUACAUUAAAACCAGCACGUCAUGCAAGUAAACAGUUAAAACAAACAAAUACAAUAUUAACAACAGCAGCAAUAGCAGCAGCAACAACAACAACAACAACAACGUCAUCAACAGUAUAAACAUUGAGCAGCAACAGCAGCAACUACAGCAAAAUCUCUUAAUAAGACAAAUAUAAUUCAACACAGUUCUCUCUAUUAAAGCUCAUUGUCAACAACACACUGCUGUUGUAGAUGCCGGUUGUUAAACAACACGGCAAUCAAAACAAUAAAAAUUUCUAAAAGGAAAAAAAAUCAUAAAAUAAUUAAAAAUUUAAUUAAAAAGAAAAAAAUAUAUAUUUUUUUUAUAAAAUAUUUUUUUACCUGCAUAUCUAGCUCAGAGAUACGAAAGAAACAAUUACACGAAUGCAGUUAAUUCGUUGAGAAAAAAAGUGUUUGUGUCAACUUGUUUGUGAAGAGUGUGUUUAAUUAAAACGAGUAAACAUAAACAAACUUACUCUUAUCUGUUAAUUAAAAAAAAAGAAAGAAUGAAAAAAGUGUUAAUUAAAAACCAACUAUAAUAUCUACAAUAUAGUUACUUAAAGCUUGAUUGUAGGAUUUCCUGAAAGAAAAAAAUACACCAAGCAACACAACUUACAUUAGGAAGGACCUUAAAAGUAAAUGUCUUGAUGUUUUAAAAAGUUGUAAUAUACAAACAAAACGUCAACCGGAAGAAGAAUUAGAAAUGUUUGUGGCAAUAAAUCAAAUGAAUUAUAGUGCCAAAAAACGCAAAAAGGAAAAGGAAUUGGAGCUGAAACUGGAUUUUGAGGGGCAUGACGACUGUGGCAAGGAGAAAAUACAAACGGGUAAAGAAAACAAUAUUGUAAUGCCAACAGACAGAAUAAAUAUAUUAAAAGAAAAGAAGGCGGAAGAAGACGAACAACAACAGUUGGCAAAACAAAUGAAUGACAUAGCAGCACCUUUGCAGUUGCCAGAACAAAACAAACGAAAAACAGCAAAUGAAAUGGCCUCGACUGAAGCGACAACAAAAAGGACUGAAUUCUCAACAACAACAGCAUCAAAUUUGACAUGUGAACCAGCAGAUAAUACGUUAGCAGGUAAAUGUAAAAAUUGCCAAUGCAAUUUGCAAAGCGAUCAACAUUUAAAAGAAAAUCAAAAACAACAAGAGCAUCAUCAUCAUCACAACCACCACGAUUAUGAGCCACUUUAUCUACAUCAGCCGAAGGCACUAUGUAAACAAUCAAACAUACCUCCUCCUUCUCCUCCCACACCUCCAGCCAAUGUUAUAACAUCGCUUGCCACUGUCUAUAUAUGUUUGGGUAUAUUGACUUUGGCUCUAGCCUCCUUAUCUGUGUUAUUUUACUCACAUGUAGUCUCCUGCACCACAACCUGCCAAAAUUCAACAACAUCAACUUUACUUAACAACCGUCAAAUGGCAGUAACGAGUUCUAGGGAAAACAUCCCCAAAGAAUUUCCAUCAUCGUCAUCAUCAUCAUCAUCUGAGCCUCUAACGUUUCCAAUGUUUCGUGAACAAUUUCAACAGGAAUUAUUUGCCUCGGAACAUGUGCUGCGCUCCAUGAUUGAACAAAUUUUAUUAAAACAGUCAUCAGUUGGCAAUGGGGAACUUAAACGACAGCAACAACUACCAAAUGAAAAGCAUCUUUCUUUGGGGAAUUUAAACGAUCAAAAAUCCACAACAAUUCCCCAAACAAUUUUACAAGAUAAGCAUGAUGGAACGAAAACCCGACACUCUACUACGCUCACUGAAAGUCAUGCAUUUGCCAACAGUGAUAAUAGAGAAAUUGGUAGUGAAGACAUUGAGUUUAGUCGCAGGAAUAGAAGAAGUUCUGAUGCAAUUGAACAAUAUAGUGGUGAAGUAAUAAAAACUAAAAGUGUAGAAAGAAAAUCUAAUGACAACUACAAGACCAAAGAGCCCAAGACAAUAGAAGAAUUGUUAAAAUACCAGAAAAGAAUACGUCGAGAUAUCUCUUCGUCACCAUCAACUUCAAUGCAUGAUCCAUUUAUCGAAUUCUUUGCACCUAACCACCGCAAAGUGCUUGAAGAACAAGACAAAGAAAUACGCAAAAGGACCGGUCUCAAAGGAGCAGCACCCGGCGGUGAUGAUUGGGUUUAUCUUAACACAUAUUGUCGUGUACCGGAAAAAAUGAUCACCGGUUUUUGUCAAAGUACACAAGAAUAUUGUCCGCCUAGUCCCCAAGGACCACCAGGUCCUCAAGGCCCAAAAGGCCCCACAGGACCACCGGGAUUACCGGGUAUACCUGGACCUAAGGGUAAUAGAGGCGAUGUAGGUCUGCCAGGACCGCAUGGUGUAGAUGGUGCGGUAGGUCCGCCGGGACCUAGAGGUCCCAAGGGUGAUGUUGGCAUACCGGGAAGACAGGGGUUAGACGGACGAGAUGGUGUACCUGGCGAACCUGGCUUAGAUGGAGUACCUGGUCGUGCGGGCGCUGAUGGUAUACCCGGUAAAGAUGGCAUGCCAGGCAGAGAUGGAAAAGAUGGUCUGAAUGGUAAAGAUGGCAGAGAUGGUUCUCCUGGUCCUAAGGGUUCACAGGGUCCUCCUGGUGAGAGAGGACUUAAAGUUGCACCUAUGAUUUCCGUUUACCGCCAAAUGAUUUAUGCUGAAUACGGACGAACUGCUACAUUAGAGUGUAUGGUAGAGGCAUUCCCAGAAGCUAUACGUUAUUGGGAGCGAGCAUAUGAUGGUAAAAUAUUAGACCCUGGAGAGAAAUAUCGUAUUGAAACAUAUCCCGAUGGUUUUAAAACAACAAUGCGCUUGACUAUCAACAAUUUGCGCAAAGAUGACUUUGGUUAUUAUCAUUGCGUGGCGCGUAAUGAAUUGAAUGCAACAAUGGUUAAUUUCGAAAUAGCACCACAAGAUCCAAAUAGUGAGACACCAUAUGUGGGUAAAGAGAUAAAAGUUUAUGGCCAAAGACCACCAGAGGCGGAGUGUCCUGUCUGUGAAACAUGUCCAGAUCCAAGUUUAUAUCAAUGUAAGGAUUCGAUUAAUUCCAAUUUCGAAAUUCAACCAGCUGGAAACUAUAGUUAUCCUGGCCUGCCAAAGCGCAAAAAGAGUUGCAUUUUAUAUGCUGUGGGCAAACCCGUCUUCCAUAAAUAUGUUGAUGAGUUGCAUGGUUCAUGGCUUAAAGAUCCUGCUGCCAAAGAAACGGACCGUGAGAAAACUUUUAUAACCAAAGAAAAGGACAAUAAACUUUUGUAUGAAUAUACAUCGAAAGUGGCGUAUCGUAUGAAUGAUGUACCACGAAAACAAUACGAUUUGGGUGUGGGUUUCCAAGGCAAUGCUCAUGUAGUUUAUAAUGGCUCAUUCUAUUACAAUCAAUAUAAUUCGGAUUAUGUGGUGAAAUUAGAUUUGUCUACGGGUAAAAGAAUAUCAACACAAUUGCCGAGUGCUGGUAUUGCAACUGGUAAUAAAUUGUAUUCGACAAAAUACAACUACAUGGAUUUUAAUGUGGAUGAGGUUGGUUUGUGGGUAAUUUACAGCACUUACGAUUCCAACAAUACUCUAGUGGCAAAGGUAAAAAAGUAGAAGUAACAAAAAAAA